AUGGUCUUGCCAAGCAGCCCCAAUGCUGUGGAUACGGAGGAGCGCCCUGCUGCGAACUUUGCUUGGCAGACCGCUCCUUCAGCUCCUUUGGGCGCUCAAAGGAGUGGGCUCACCGCGGAAGAGGUCGCUCAAAUUCAGGAGACUCUUGAGCCUCCCCAGAAUUCACACUUGCCAAAUUCUGCUCCAACGGGCGAGCUUACUCCAGGAGAAGCUGCCGAACUGGAGCGGCGACUUAAGGAGCUGAAGACUUUGUUCCAAUCUCACGAAGAUCUGGUGAGGAGAGAGCUCAGGGAGAACAGCUCGGGGGAAGGGUCCGAAAGGGGCCCGGAGAAAGCGUCCGCAAGAGAGUCUCAGCCUGCUCAGACGGGAGGAGGGGAGCGUCCGCAAGUGCCCGGAACAGGGAUUGAGUCUGCCUGGCUGAUGGAUGAGAACACAAUUGACGCCUUGCUGACGUUCUAUAGGCUGCCGCUGACAGGGACAGGCGCUGAGAAGCGGAGAGCGCUGGUGGAGUUUCUAGGAGCAAGGGUCGCCAGAUUUGUGUAA